AUGCACUCCAUGAUGUCUUACUUAUCCUCCAAUUCGUGCAUCACCCCCUCCACAGAUGAACAGCACAAAGUGGUGACUGAAGCCUCCAAUCUUCUAGUCUCCAUGCCCCAAGCAUCGGACGAUCAGAAAAUCGCUACGUUCAAGGACUUCGCACGCACCCCCGUCAUGGCGUCUAUUUUCCUUGCAAUGCCCCCCGGGCUCCGCGCCAAGUACGUCGGUGCGGAACCCGCUGGUGGCGCCACGUUUGCUCCCGCCGGCUACACCUUUGCUCCGGCCGCCGGCGCAUCGGCUCCUCCCGGCUACACCUUUGCUCCGGCCGCCGGCGCAUCGGCUCCUCCCGGCUACACCUUUGCUCUGGCCGCCGGCGCAUCGGCUCCUCCCGGCUACACCUUUGCUCCGGCCGCCGGCGCAUCGGCUCCUCCCGGCCACACCUUUGCUCCGGCCGCCGGCGCAUCGGCUCCUCCCGGCCACACCUUUGCUCCGGCCGCCGGCGCAUCGGCUCCUCCCGGCCACACUUUUGCUCCGGCCGCCGGCGCAUCAGCUCCUGCCGGCCACACCUUUGCUCCGGCAGCCGACGCAUCGGCUGCUCCCGGCUUCAACUCUUAUGAGCGUGUGUGGACCUCAGCGCCUGCCGGCUUCACCUAUGCAGCCGCCGCAUGCACUGAUAAUGCUGGUGGCACCCCAGACCCCUCCAUGGUUGGUAAUGCAUCUGUUGGUGCUGAUGACUCCUUGGGUGGUGGUCCCUCCAUGGGUGCUGGUUCCGCCACACGUCGUGCCUCCUCUGCCGGUCCCGCCAUGGGUGGUAAUGCCUCUGCUCAUACCACUAUGGCUGGUGAUGCCUCUGCUGGUCCUGCCACGGGUGGUAAUGCCUCUCCUCAUACCGCUAUGGGUGGUGAUGCCUCUGCUGGUCCUGCCAUUGGUGGUAGCGCCUAUGCUGGUCCCGCGAUGGGAGGUAUUGCCUCUGCUGGUCCCUCCAUGGCUGGUGAUGCCUCUGCUCAUGGCACCAUUGCUGGUAAUGACGGCGCUCAUGCAACCAUUGCUGGUGAUGCCUCUGCUGGUCCGGCUAUGGGUGGUAAUGCCUCUGCUCAUGCCGACAUGGUUGGUAAUGCCUCUGCUAGUCCCGCCAUGGGAGGUAGUGCCUCUGCUGGUCACGCCUCGGCUGGUAAUGCCUCUGCUCAUGGCACCAUUGGUGGUAAUGCCUUUGCUCAUGCUAAUAUUGCUGGGAAUGCCUCUGCUCAUGCCGCCAUGGGAGGUGAUGCCUCUACUGGUCCCCCCAUGGGAGGUAAUGCCACCCCUGGUCCCGCCAUUGGUGGUACUGUCUCUGCUUGUGCCGCCAUGGGAGGUAUUGCCUCUGCUGGUCCCACCAUUGGAGUGAAUGCCUCUGCUGGUCCCGCCACGGGAGGUAUUUCCUCUGCUGGUGCCGCCAUGAGUAUGUGCAUUCUGUUGGUGCAGGGUCAGGGGCAUUUGGCGGCGGCAGGCCCGCUCAAGGUGGCAGCUACUCUGCCACCACUGGCAGAUACACUUUGGGCGGCGCAAUGUCCCAUACCGCAGUUGAGGUCGCUGCGACAAUCGGUGAUGGCACACUACCUUGGCCCAACUCAACUGCAGGUGCUUUCUCAGCACCCCUUGGAGGGAUAUGGGCACCUGGAGGUGCACCGCGGGCUCAUGUCCCAACACUUCAUCCCGCUCCGGAGUCCACCACACAUGCAGUCUCUGCACCUCCGAUUUUCACUUCGUCUGCACCUAGCGGUGGCAUGA